AUGGAACCAGAGAAUCUUUUUUAUUCAGUAGAUGAGUUUGGAUUGGAUGUUAAGUGGCUGAUUGAUCCUCAGCAUCUUCUUGUGGGACCCAAAAUUGGAGAGGGAGCACAUGCCAAAGUGUACGAAGGAAAGUAUAAAAAUCAGAAUGUUGCUAUUAAAAUUGUCCAUAGAGGAGACACCCAAGAGGAAAUUGCCAAGAGAGAGGCUCGUUUUGAGCGAGAGGUUGCUAUGUUGUCUAGAGUUCAACACAAAAACUUGGCGAAGUAUAUUGGUGCCUGUAAGGAACCUGUGAUGGUGAUAGUUACUGAGCUUUUGUUAGGUGGGACAUUGCGUAAAUAUCUGCUAAACUUGCGUCCGAGGUGCUUGGAUACACAUGUUGCAGUUGGUUUUGCACUUGACAUUGCUCGUGCAAUGGAAUGUUUGCACUCUCAUGGGAUCAUUCAUCGGGAUUUAAAGCCAGAAAACUUAAUCUUGACAGCGGACCAGAAAACAGUCAAACUGGUGGAUUUUGGUUUAGCCAGAGAAGAAUCAUUAACAGAGAUGAUGACUGCUGAAACAGGGACAUACCGCUGGAUGGCUCCUGAGUUAUACAGUACUGUUACAUUAAGGCGUGGAGAGAAGCAGCAUUACAACAACAAAGUAGAUGCAUAUAGCUUUGCCAUAGUCUUGUGGGAACUCCUACACAACAAGCUGCCAUUUGAAGGCAUGUCAAAUUUACAGGCUGCCUAUGCAGCGGCCUUUAAAAAUGUAAGGCCUGGCCUGGAAAAACUCCCGGAAGAUUUGGCUACGAUUCUGAGUUCAUGUUGGAAUGAGGAUCCAAAUGCUCGUCCCAACUUCAGCCAAAUUGUACAGAUGCUCCUUCAUUAUCUUUCUGCCAUCUUGCCUCCUGAACCCAUGAUUCCUUCUCGAGUUUUUGCAUCUGAGAACGCUGUCUUUCCACCAGAAUCUCCUGGUACGCGCUCUUUGAUGGCAGUUCGAGAAGACAUGGGGGAGACCCCCAGAUCCCAGAUGGAAACAAAACCAACAAGUUUCUUCUUCUGCUUCAACCAGUGCUAUUAACUCCCCAAUUGACAGAUGAGAAGCCCAAGAAGUGUUCUUCCAAGGUAGUCAGUGCAAGUGAGGCUCAGUGAAAAAAUAGGCCUAAUCUCAUGAACACAUGGAACAUGUUUAGGAAAGAUUGGGAAGGAAUUAUACAUUACAUUUUGGCAAUAUGGUAAAUGUAAAAUUUCGACCUGG